CAGUUAGCACUUCCUCCACCUUUGAAUAUCUUAAAAUUAGGGGCUUAUCGUGGAAUUCAGGAAUGCAGAAAUCAGUUUGAGAAUGAUAGCUCCUGGUGGAACUGUACAUUUGACUGGAAGCGCGUUGAUCGAAAGUUGCCCAUUUUUUUCAACAACACACUUCCUCAUGGUAAGAAUAUUUUUGUAUACUUGUGAUAUCUCUGGAAGGGGGGGAAGGGCUGGGAAGGCGGAGGGAGACACUCAACGGAAAUUUGAGUAGAGGUGUACGACCGGGGCCUUCAAACCCUGCAGACCGUGUUAAAUACAAAAAUCGUACAUUUCACCUCCUUGUUCAAGACAAGAGAGAUCAUUUUAUGACGGUCAUGAUUUAUUUUGUUUUCCAACAAGAUGGAUUUUUUUUUCAGCCAGAAUUAUGGAAUUUGAUUGUUUAGGAAAAAACAUCUUUGGUACCACAAAUUUAGACCAUUCAUCGUGACCCUUCUGUCCAAAAAGACACCCUUUCCAAGACGCUAAAUAGUGAAAUUUUAUACCAGCCCUGUUUGAGAUUCGUUAUGAUGGACUAGCAUGCAAUUGAGAACAAGUUUAUCAAAUACCUCCACUGGUAAUUCAUUUUCAUCUAUGCGGGCCAGGGGGGUCCUUUCCGUCUUAGCUCAUAAUUAAAGGACAAUAAAAGUCUCAUGACCGUAUACUUCUAUCAUCGUCAUCAUCUUCAUCAUGUACAAUCAAACUCUUGGAGCGGGUUACCAGUAACCAAUGGUCACAAGGGUCUGGCCAUCCCUCAAAUCUCAAGAACUCUUGGUAAUAUUGGACGCCUUCGAUGUUGCCGUACCAGUACCGUACUAUUCACACUAGAGACGGAUAAUCCAUCUUUUAAAUCAGUCAAAAUUGACGGCCAAAAAAAAUGAAUAAAGUCAGGCGGAUUGUCCAUCUAAAAUUAAGACCAUUCCAUUUUAAAUUAAGACGUACAAUAUGUCUGACACGAAUUAUCCAAGGGAUAACCAGUCUCAGACGGAUAAUCCGUUCAUAGUGUGAGUACAGCCAUUCUUGCAGUUCAAGGUAAUGGCGUUUUCUCUGCACGUGCCCUGGUCGUAUCCUUCUACCAAUAUGCUGACGUGACCUAUUCAAAUUGCCCCCAAAUUGCAAAGCUCCUAAAACAACCAGUAUUACCUCCACUUUUCGCAUAGCCCUCUUUGAGUUAACUCUGCAGUCAGCGGGUACGGCAACAUCGAUUAUCUUAAGGCAGACUCUAUCCUCCUUCCCCACAACGAUAAUACCCGGUCUUCUAGACUCUAUAUAUUACAUGGUCGCACUGUGUGUUGAAAUCCCACAACACUUUAAAUCUUAUCCGUCUCCAACACUUUUGGAAUCCCUCCAUUUCUUGCAUUUCCUUACAGCCACUCCAGAGACAGCCUUUCUCCACGCCAUCAGCGCCGCCGCCAUUACUUACGAAUUGACCCUUAAAUGCCGGUAUAACAUAGUGGGAUGCUAUUGUGUGAGACGUCGAGUAUCUAAUAGUUUUUUGGGGCAGUUAGGAUGUGGAGAUAAUGUUGAGUAUGGAAUGGACCAGACAAGGCUAUUUUUCGACGAACUAGAAACUGGAAUCGACGCUCGGACAGCAGUGAACAGGCAUAACAACCGAGUAGGAAGAGAGGUACGGUAGUUGUAGUUUCAAGACAGUCUGUCGUCCUAUAUAAGGGAAUUCGGAUUCCGGAAUAAGGGAAAUUUUUGCUUGUGGAAUCCGGAAUGCGCCGACAAUUUGCUUAUGGAAUCCGGAAUCCUGGGACUUUGAAAUCCGGAAUACAGCUCUAGGAAUCUGGAAUCCCACUAACGACUGGAAUCAAGAAUCCAUGUUCCACUGACAAAGACGGGAAUCCAGUACCUGGAAUCCAGAAUCCAAGACUGUCUUCAAAUCCCAUGGUAGCACGAGACUUCCAGUCGUUUUCUCCGUUGCUGAGAGGAGGAAACGACUGGAAGUAAUCGUCUAAAAUUCAGGCUACUUACAUGGACUACAUGGGGGGAAGUCUGGGGAAACGAUUUUAAAGGGAACCUCCACUCUUACUACAGAAUAAGAUUAAAUCGAAUAAAAUUAUGUUGAUAAACAAAUUUGUUUGAAAUUUGUCCUUAAAAAAAGUGUUUAGAUCAGGAAAAGUGAAUUUUAAAAUCUCUUAUUUUCACUUUCAAAUUUCGCGGGCGCCGCCAUCUUGAAUAAUUGUGACGUGUUAUGGUUGCUGUAUUGUUCUGACACAAAGAGCUUUUGUUUAAUAAUAAUAGGGCAACCGUAACACGUCACAAUUAUUCAAGAUGGCGACGCCCGCAAAAUUUGAAAACAAAAAUAGGCGAAUCUAAAAGUUAUUUCUUUCGGAUACAAACGCUUUCUUUAAAAAUAUUUUAGAUUGACUUGACUGUAACAGUUAUUACCUGUGAUUUAAAGUUAUCUUUUUGUUGAAGUGGAGGUUCCCUUUAAAACAGCUUGUUCAACGGGAACAGGACACUUUUUCAGCCGGCGGAAAAUUUGUGCGGCGUCGUAUGAAUGUAGCCUUAAUGUCAUUCAGAAGCUGUCUUCCUCUUUCAAGGCACAUCUUGGCGUGAACCAAAUAUGGUGACAGUCAUAUGCUAUAAUUACGGGAUAUAUCGUAGUUGGGGGCAUGUGUUCUAAUCAUUUUAAACUUUUCUAUUUAACCGCAGCGUCAUUUAAAAGGAUGCAACUCUUUCCCUUUACAGAUAGUCCGAUCUAGUCUUAUUGCCUGGUGUAAAUGCCAUGGCUUCGGUGGAGCAUGCCAUGUGAAGACCUGCUGGAAGAUACUGCCUCCUUUUCAAGACAUCGGGAAAGUGCUAAAGAAAAAAUACAGCGACGCUGUGCCGGUCUGGUUUGUGGGUAACAGGCUAAUGGAGAAGAUUGACGAUAAUAUGAGGGCCAUCAAAAAAGAGGACACAAGGCUUAUUUAUCUCGAUCCCUCCUCUAAAGGCUACCUCCAAAAUGACACCUUGACCCCGCCAAAUAGUGAAAUGUUUCGGAAAAAGUCGUGUACCAGCAAAAAUAGCGCCAAAACCAACUGCCAGUUUUUCAUGGCUUUGUGCAGCUAUUUUGGUCUGGGACAAGAAACAGUGAAGGAGUGUAAAAGGUAUAAGAGUACAAGUAUUUGUAGACGAAUGAAAACUUGCAAGAAAACAUAUUUUACCACAACUUGUUACCGUAAACCUCAGGGUUUAAAAACUAAUUAACAGGUUCUGUUUUUUGUUUUUUAUCCUUUUCCAAAUGUUUCUUUAUUGUUUUCAGUGCUAAUAAAUUUUUUUGCCACCCAAUUUCGAAGCCAGUUUCUACAGUCAAACCUCUCGGGAGCGACUACCCAAAAUGCGAAGAUUUAGUGGUCGCUUACGAGAAUCGAACCACAAAAGUUCCCUUCCCGGAAGAGGACCGAUCACAGCUACAUUUUUGAAUAGAAUUCACCGCAUGAAGUUACGAUAUGUGUUGCCGGUUUCAUGCAGAAGGACGAUUCGCUUGGACUUAAGAAGAUUCGCCCAAUGACAUACAACACUCUACAAAAUGGUGAACCUACUUCUCCGAGAUGUUAUACUUUAGUUAAACUUGGAUUCCACAUGUUCAGCCACUGUCUUUUCAUGUUCUCAGGCUUAAAGAACGACAAAUACACAUCGGGCGAACCGACCUUCGGACGAAACGACCACAUACCUCUCUUAGUAGUUUAGUACAUAGAGCGGGCAUAGAGAUCUACCAUGUCCAAGUUUUCGCUAACAGGAAGAUAAAAUCAACGGUGAAAUCACAGUGAAGCCCUUGUAAUUUCGAAAAGACUCAAGUUGCCCUAGGAUGACCGAACAGAUGCAAAUUUUAUAGCGACACUUGAAUGCAUUUAUAGAGAUCUAAAAGUGUUGUGGAUAGUCUAAAAGGUGUUUUCAAUGUAUUAAGGAGGAAACCGGUGCCACGCCCCCCUCUUUGGACGACGGCCGUAGAUUUGCCGAUAAUUUUAGAUGCAAUUAACAUGUUACGAAAGUAAGAACUUUUCUGAUUCCUCUCUCCAUCACAUUUUUGAACCCGAACAUUUUAAGUUUCUUUUUUCAGACGAAAAAUAGCCAAACCUGGGCAGUUAACUGUGAAAAAUUAA